GUGGCCUUGGUUUUUCCCACGGAUGCAGCAGCGUCGUCUCUGCCAACCCGGGACUUGGGAGCCUUCAGAAAGGACUUGGCAGCGGAGGAAGAAGAUCCUUCACCCUUCUUGGAUCGGGGACAGAUGGGAAAGCAAGAAUCAUCUGGGUCUGAAGCAGACAAAGGCCCUGAGGCCACCCAGGCUGGGGGCAGAGGGGACUUUGGGGAAACAAUGGUGCAGAAGGCCCUGGAUGGGAGCACCACUAGUGGGGAUGUACAGUGCCAGCACUUCAGGCAGUUCCGCUACCAGGAGGCCAAGGAGCCCCGAGAGGUUUGCAGCCGACUACAUGAUCUUUGCCGUCAGUGGCUGAAGCCAGAACAGCACUCGAAAAAUCAGAUCCUGGACCUGGUGCUCCAGGAGCAGUUCCUGGCCGUCCUGCCCCCAGAGAUGGAGAGCUGGGUCAGGGAAUGCAGGCCGGAGAGCAGUUCCCAGGCGGUGGCCCUGGCAGAAGGCUUCCUCCUGAGCCAGGCAGAGGAGGAGAAGCAAGGAGGACAGUUUCAGAGAACCUCCAAAGGGACUGCUGAUUUCCCUGAUGCAGAGCAGGCACCAUCCAAUCCAGGGCAGAAGUCAUUCUUCUGGGGGACCAUGUGGGAGACUGACAGAUGUGCCAACUUGACAGGCAAUGGGAGGACGCUGAUGGGUGGACCUUCAAGCCAAUGUGGGGGACUGGAAGCAUCUCCUGAGCAACCAGACCAGGGGCUGGUGACUCUCGAGGAGGUGUCUGUCUGUUUCACCCAGGAGGAGUGGGCUUUGCUGGAUCCGGGCCAAAGGGCUCUGCACUGGGAAGUCAUGGAGGAGAAUUACAGGAAUCUGGUCACUCUUGGGCAAGAAUGCCACAGAAGGGGAGAAGAGUGGAGAGGAGGAACUGAAUCAAAAUCAAACUGGAGCAAGGAAUCCAUUGCUUCUGAAGGCGUGGAUUUCCAGGAAAAUUCAGUCCAAGAAGAAAUUAAUACAGGAAACAAAAGAAAUAACUUCACUCAAUGUGCAAAACUCUUAGCUGGGAAAUCAAACCUUACGUCACAUCAGAGAAUGCAAAAUAAAGAAAAGCCAUUAGAAGAAUCAGAGUGUAUGAUAAAUGCCAUGAGUAUAAAAACCCUUCUCUUAGAGGAAACACUGCAUACAGAGGACAAACCACACACGUAUCCACAUUGUGGAAAGAGCUUCAGAAGGAAGGGCAGCCUUAUUCAACAUCAAAAGCUCCACCACAGAAGAGGAAAACCGUAUCAUUGCUCAGAGUGUGGGAAGUAUUUCAGGUGGGGCGCAGAGCUUACUUCCCAUCAAAGAAUCCACACGGGAGAAACCAUAUAAAUGCACAGACUGUGGAAAGAGCUUUGGUCGUAAGGAGACACUUACUGCCCAUCAAAGAA